AUGCAAUUCAAAUCUACUGUAUUAUCUCUAUUAGCUUUAUCAGCCUCUUCAGCUUAUGCUGCAUCUAGUACUACCAGCUCUACUACUAGUGCAAAUCCAUGUUCCAUUGGUUCCAAAGCUACUGCUACUGCUCAGACUGAUUUAGAUAAAUUGGCUUCUUGUAAGACUAUCACUGGUAAUUUGACUAUCACUGGUAACCUAGGUUCUGCUGCUAUUGCUAAUGUCCAAAAGAUCGACGGUUCUUUGAUUAUUAAGAAUGCUACCCAAUUAGUCGCUUUUUCUGCUGAUUCUAUCUCAGAGAUCACUGGUUCUUUAGAAUUGACUGAUUUGACUAUCUUAACUACAGCUUCUUUCGGUUCCUUAGAAAAGGUCGAUACCAUUAACAUGAUCACUUUACCGGCUAUUUCCACUUUCAACUCCAAACUAUCCUCUGCUGAUAACAUUUACAUCUCUGAUACCAGUUUGGAAUCUAUUGAAGGUUUCUCUGUUUUAAGUAAAGUUAGCAGCUUCAACAUCAACAACAACAAAUACUUGACUUCCAUGCAAUCUUCCUUGAAGACCGUUUCUGAUGCAUUAUCCUUCCAGUUCAAUGGUAACAAUGCCUCUAUCGAAUUAGAUAACUUGGUUUGGGCUAACAAUAUCACUUUGUCUGAUGUUUCUUUCGCCUCCUUCAAGAACUUAAAGGCUGUCAACGCCUCCUUAGGUUUCUUGAACAACUCUUUGCAAACUAUUGAAUUGAACAACUUGACUUCUGUCGGUCAAACUUUCACCAUUUCUUACAACGAUGAAUUAACCGAUUUGAAAUUCGAUAAGUUGACUACUGUUGGUGGUGGUUUAGUUGUCACUAACAACACCAACUUAGUUAAUAUUAAUGCUUUCUCUAAUUUACAAACCGUUGGUGGUGCCUUAAACGUCUUAGGUAGAUUCCACACCUUGGACUUAACUUCCUUAAAAUCCGUUCGUGGUGCUGCUGAUGUCCAAACUACUGCUUCCAACUUCUCUUGUAAUCCUCUAAAAACUUUACAAAAGAAGGGUGCUAUUCAAGGUGACAAGUUCGUUUGUAAGAAUGGUGCUGUUUCUUCAAGGUCCAGCUCCGUCUCCUCCGUCACUUCUACCAAGAAAGCUGUAUCUUCCACUUCUUCUGCUGCUACUACUACUUCUUCCUCUUCUGACUCCUCUUCUUCUAAAUCUUCAUCUUCUAAGUCUAAAGGUUUGGCUCCAGUUAACUACAUCGAAAGCACCUCUGUCUUCGGUAUUGUUGGUGCUGUCAUGGCAGCUUUAUUAUAA